CUACAGACGAGACUGGGAAGGGUCCUCGUUAGAGACCGACUGAGAUUUAUAGCCGCUGAGCUCGCAAAGCGCCACGAACAAUGCAAAGGGAAACCAGCUUGUGCGUCUGCGGCUGUUCGGACGCGUCCUUUCUGGUUCUAAUUUAAUCGCCUGAGUUUAACCUCACCGCCGUAGAUUUAAAAUCCCCUGGCAAAGAGGGGGGCAGGGCAGGUAAUGAAAGCCGAGCGAGGCUGAAUCGCUGCACUAACCCAGCAGCGGAAAUCACGGUCAUUCCUCUGGAUCCAGGCAUUCCCUCUGUGGGAUUUUUCUUCUUCUUUAAAUAAGAGGCUGGGGGGAUUUAUAGGGGUAACAGCAGCUAGUGAUGUCAGCCCUUGCCUAAAAUAGAGAAGGAUAGACUGCAAAUCCACAGCUAGAAGGCUAAAACCUUCCAAUCCAGCCUCAGCCAACACCAUGUCAACGUGAAGUCACCCACCACCUCUUCCUCACACAUACACUCACUCACAUGCACUCCCCCCUUCCCAACCACUCCAGGAGGAGAAAGCAAGGGAUCAAAGCCCAGGUGUCCUCCACAGCCUAACCCCGCCGACCACUGCUCAUUUUCCACUAGGGGUGGCAGAGCUUUCCCCUCCAAGACAUGAAAGCCUAAAAGACGUGGAGAAUAUCAAUCCAACAGGAGGUGGUGGUAGUGGAGGGGGGUGGAGGAAUCUGAAGAGCAGAGCUUCUGGAGUCUUGCCUUUUGGAGCCUUGAGGAUUAUACAAGGAAUUUUUGUGCUACUGCUUAGACGCUAUAGGGAGGAAUCCAAAAGACGGAGCUUCCUUUGCAUCCCACCUCCCUUGGAUUCUUGAGAAGACAGGGGGGCUUGCAGGACACCAUGGCAUCGCCAGAAGGUGCCAACAAUAUGCCUAAGCAGGUAGAAGUGCGAAUGCAUGAAAGCCACCUGAGCCCUGUGGAGCCAAGGCCCAAGAAUGUAUGCCUGCAAUUCUUCCAAUCACUCAGAAAAAACCUGCUCUUGUCUCUUACUGUAUUUGGUGUCAUCAUGGGUGCAGUGUGUGGGGGUCUUCUUCGCCUGGCAACUCCUAUUGAUCCUGACAUCAUCAUGUUAAUAGCCUUCCCAGGAGAUAUCCUUAUGAGGAUGUUAAAAAUGUUGAUCUUACCUUUAAUUAUAUCCAGUUUAAUCACAGGACUGUCAGGUUUGGAUGCUAAAGCUAGUGGCCGAUUGGGCACAAGAGCCAUGGUCUAUUACAUGUCCACUACUAUCAUUGCUGCUGUGCUAGGGGUGAUUCUGGUUUUAGCCAUUCACCCAGGAAAUCCAAAACUCAAGAAGCAGCUGGGAGAAGGAAAGAAAAAUGAUGAAGUAUCCAGUCUGGAUGCUUUCUUGGAUCUCAUCCGGAACCUGUUCCCUGAAAAUCUAGUCCAAGCAUGCUUCCAGCAGAUCCAAACUGUCACUAAGAAAGUGCUGGUGCCCCCACAAACUGAAGAAUCACCUAACGUCACUGACUCUGUCUUUGCUCUGAUGAACGAGACGAUGGCUGAAGCACCACUAGAAGCCCAGCUGAUCAUUAAAAAGGGGCUGGAGUUUAAAGAUGGAAUGAAUGUCUUAGGCCUGAUAGGGUUCUUCAUUGCUUUUGGUGUUGCUAUGGGGAAGAUGGGAGAGCAGGCCAAAAUGAUGGUGGAUUUCUUCAGCAUCCUGAAUGAGAUUGUAAUGAAACUAGUGAUUAUGAUCAUGUGGUACUCUCCUUUCGGCAUUGCCUGCCUUAUUUGCGGGAAAAUCAUUGAAAUUAAGGACUUAGAAGUGGUUGCUAGGCAACUUGGAAUGUACAUGGUAACAGUGAUCGUGGGACUUCUCAUCCACGGUGGGAUCUUCUUGCCUUCACUGUACUUCGUGAUAACAAGGAAAAGCCCCUUCACAUUCCUUGCUGGCAUUUUCCAGGCAUGGAUCACAGCUCUAGGCACAGCUUCCAGUGCUGGUACAUUACCUGUCACUUUCCGUUGUCUUGAAGAAAACUUGGGCAUUGAUAAACGUGUCACAAGAUUUGUCCUGCCUGUUGGAGCAACAAUAAACAUGGAUGGGACGGCUCUUUAUGAAGCAGUUGCUGCAAUCUUCAUAGCACAGAUGAAUGGAAUUGUGUUGGAUGGUGGGCAGAUAGUCACUGUGAGUCUGACAGCCACCUUAGCAAGUGUUGGAGCUGCCAGUAUACCCAGUGCAGGACUGGUCACCAUGCUUCUCAUCCUCACUGCGGUGGGUCUCCCUACUCAGGACAUCAGUCUGCUUGUUGCUGUUGACUGGCUCUUAGACCGGAUGAGAACAUCAGUAAAUGUUGUAGGAGAUUCUUUUGGUGCUGGCAUUGUGUAUCACCUCUCCAAGGCAGAGCUGGAAAACCUGGAUUCCCAGCAUAAGGGACAUGAAGACAUUGAAAUGACCAAGACUCAGUCAAUUUAUGAUGACAUGAAAAAUCAUAGGGAAAACAACUCAAACCAAUGUGUUUAUGCAGCUCACAACUCUGUCAUAGUAGAUGAAUGCAAGGUGACACUGGCAACCAAUGGCAAAUCUGCAGACUUCACUGUUGUUGAGGAAGAGCCUUGGAAAGGUGAAAAUUAAGGAAAGCGAGUCCCAUAAGCCCCUGAAGCUAUCUUAUGGUAAAAGAUAUCAAGAUUAAAGAAUAUUUCUCUAUUUAUUUAACAUCUAAAGUUUCUGCUUAUUUAAUUUGUUAACUGAAACUUAGCAAAGAUCUCAUAAAGUCAUUGUAGCUACCAUGUUUUUGCCAAAUAGUUAUCCAUAACUAUCUGUCUCACUUGUACUGUUUGAAUGGAUGCAGCUGGAGAAUACUCUAUGAGUUAACAGUUAUGUUCUCAUCAGACUCUCUCCUUUGCUCAAGAUGCAGAAAAUGUAGAUGCUGCAAAAUGAAAAGAUCAAAAAGCCGGUAUGACUUUCUCCAGGGACUCAGGGUAAUGAACAUAUAGUAUCAUAUAAACCUUAAAUUGUUCUCAGUGUCUCUUCUUGUGAUGUAUGUAUAAAUCAGUACUGCAGUGUACGUUUGGUACAGUCAACAUUGUGUAACUACACUAUUUAUUUUAAGUGUCUCUAAAGGUUUUCUAUAAGUUUUAUUCAUAAUUAGUAGCUGGCAUGGGUGACUCAAAAUUUUCAUCUUCCCAGGUACACUUAAAAUUAAGUGUCUCAAAUAAAUAUUUCAUUUAAAUUCACCCCAGGCAUAACUUUAUUAAAAUCAGUGGAGUAAAUACAAAGGGCCAGAUCCCGGACCUUUCAGAUAGCACCAGAUUCUGACGCUCUCGUCACAUCGAAUAGGACCUUACAGCCCAUGUAGUCCCUCUGAAACUAUUCAAGGAGAAUGAUGUUAUUCAACUUAAGGAAGAGCACCAGAAUCUGUCCCCAAAUGAUUAUUGAACAUUCUUUUUGUUGAGGAUAAGCAAUUAUAUGUAAUAGGGUGUUAAAAUGUAAUGGUGCUUAGCAUACGUAGCUUUGUUAACUAAGCUAAACUAAAUGUAUAUUUAAGACACUUAAUUUGAAGUGAUAACUAUUUUUCUUCUCAAGUACAUCUUAGAUUUGAGCCAAUGAGCUAAAUCCUGAAGUCAUUAUCUGGUCAAAUUUUGCAUUGAAGUCAGUGAGAAUUUUGCUAGAGUUAGGUCUGAGUGAAAAGUAAACCAGGACUUCAGGAUUCAGUCCAACAAAUUGAAUCCCCAUCUCUCUAUUGUGAAUAAACAAUUUGUAUAAAUGUCUUUGAUGUCAGACAAGCAGUGAUUCUAGACCACAUAGCAUAUGAAUAAACAAGGCAGAGUUUUGUCAACAAGGUAAAACUAAUUCAUUCAUCUGUAAGAUGUAGAGGUGCAAUAAUCAUUCUCUUAGGUUGUUUAAAAGGUGCUUGUUAAAAAUCAGUGCUUGUAAAGACAUAGGUGUAAUCUAUUAUGAAAUUAAUAAUGUUUUACAGCAAAUCUGAGCCAGGUAGCCGUGGGAAACUCUACCCUCUGACCAAAACUUCUGUGAUGUGAGUGUUUCUUAAAAUGUUCUCUGAGCUGUCCAGCCUAUGAGCUUAUAAUGAACCUACCUACAAGGUGAGAUGGGAAAUGAAGCACAUAUGCUUCUCUCCUUCCAUGCACAGUGCAGUGCUGCCAUUGACGUAAACUGGAAUAACGUGUGAAUGUAGAGUUUAAAUAAUAAUCCAGUCUAGUUUUGCUAAUUUGUAUUUGUGUUAGCUUUCCAGUGAAGUCACUAUGAGCCCCUGCUAAUAAGGACUAUUCACCUGUUUAAUGGUUUGCAGAAUCAAACCUAUAGUCAACAUAUUCACCAUUCAAAUAUUUGUAGCUGUGCAGUAUUUUCCUUGGGAACAUUAGUGCCCUUUCUGCCUCACUAACUGAAAAGUCCUAAAGAAUUUAAUAGCUAUUAAACUACUGUGGGUUCUAUAGACAUUAUUCUGACAACCUGAAGAAUUUAAUAGAGAAUUAGUCCUUUUCUGUAGGUCUUUUGUACCAUUCUAUGGAAUUCUGUUCCAUCCUGUUCAACGUAUUUAAUGGAAAUUGUGGGUACACAGAACUUCUCAGGUUCGGGGACUUAGUCUGGAUUUGAAGAAGAGUUCACUUCCCUGAUGCCCUCAGAAAGAGAGCAAUUGCCCGAGACAGCUGCAACACUCUCUAAAAUGAACUCUAACAUUUGGGCUGUUGGCUCACCUCACAUGAAAGUCACUGAGAGCUAAGUAGCAAUUGUAUAGAGUGACCAUAUUUCCAAAAGACAAAACAGGACACCCCCAGCUGCUCACCUGUGGCCCCUUUCCCCCCAUGCAAGGCUGUUCACCGUCACAGGUACCCUGCAGGGGCCCCCCACAAGGCUGUUUUCUGGAACCCUGCAGGGAAGGGUAGCUCCCUCAGGAGGCUAUUGCCAAUCGCUGGAACCUUGCUGCCCUCCACCCCCCCAGCUCAGCCUCCUCCCCCAUGACGGGCUGGCAUAUCUGAUCUCCCCCUCUGCACCACACCCUGCUUUUUUUGGACAAAAGCAGGCAUUUGUCCCAUUUGCUCUUGCCAACU